UUUCGCAUUGCUGCACUUUGUUGUGAUCUCAUUUUUUUUAUAAAACUACGUUUCUAAAAUAAUAGUAAUUAUUUUCAGUGUUUAUUUACCAGUUUAAAAUGACUGCCUCAAAAUUCCAUCCAGUAACGCACGUGCUAUUUGACAUGGAUGGUUUAAUUCUUAAUACAGAAGACUUGUAUACAGUAGCUUUUAAAAAUGUAUUAACACCUUACGGCAAAGAGUACACAUUUACUCUUAAAUUGAAAUUAAUGGGCUCCCAAGCUCACGAGACCGCUAAAAUAAUCGUCUCCGAGUUGGAUUUGCCAAUAACUCCUGAACAAUUUAUGGAAGAAACUAAGAAGCAAUUUGAAAAACUAUUUCCAGAUACACAAGUUCUUCCUGGUGCAAAGCGGCUUAUUGAACAUUUGAAUAGUCGCAACAUUCCAAUUGGAUUAGCAACAAGUUCCAGUAAAGAAAGUUACGAGUUAAAAGUAAAUAAACAUCAUCAAGAGCUGUUUUCUUUGUUCCCAUAUAAAACUAUGGGAUCCUCUGACCCUGAGGUGAAGAGGGGAAAGCCGUAUCCUGAUAUAUUCUUGGUUGCUGCUUCCAGAUUUCCUGAUAAACCAAAACCUGGACAGUGCCUGGUGUUUGAAGAUGCCAUAAAUGGAGUUAAAGCUGCUCGAGCUGCCGGCAUGCAGGUGGUGAUGGUGCCAGACCCCAGGAUAGACCGGGAGCUCACAAAAGAAGCUACAUUGGUCCUGAACAGCUUAGAAGAAUUCAAGCCAGAACUAUUUGGUUUACCAACAUUUGAAGACUAGUACCACCAUUGACCAUCAAUGGAUAUUAGAGUUGCUAUUUAUUGAAUGUACACAUGACAGCACAUCAGGCUACCCAUUUUUGUUGCAAACUCGCCCCUAUUACAACUUCACAA